AUGAGCAUAAUUAAUUAUUGUAGAAAUUUUGAUGUAGAGAGAAUUGAUUAGGAUGCCUUAACUCAAAAUAAUUAGGAAGUAAAUCAAUAUGAUUAUUUACCAAAAUGCAUUCGACCAAAAUGCAUUCAACCAAUAUGCAUUCAACCAAAAGAUUAGAACGAUAAUGUGAGAUCAUCUUAUGUUGCUACUUACGCUUUACUUUUAUUAGGAGGAAAUAAGUCUCCAACUAUGUAUGAUGUUGCUUAUGUUCUGCGAUAAGCUGAUAUUGAGCCAAAUCUACCUGAAAUCGAAGCACUUAUAAAAAGUCUCAAGUAUAAAGAUUUAAAUUAAGUAAUCAAAGAAGGAAAAUUAAAAAUGCCACAACUAAUGUGUUGA